GUGAGUGGCAUGGUAAGAUUCAGCAACUAUUAUUUGACCACAUUUUUUAAUCUUUUUAUUAUUGAAUUCUGAAAGCUCAAUAUAAUAAAGGAGAGAAGCAUACACUUGAAAUUGAAAAAUUAUUUUUUUUCUGAGGAAAAAAAAACAAAAGCUGCGAUGGCUGCUGCGACGGUGCUCCGCCAUUUCACCCCAAUAUCAUCCUCCCUUAAACCACCGUCUCGCCACCACCGCCGAUUCCUCCACCACAGCUUAUUCCCCAAACUACCCUCACACUCUCCCCCUUCUCUCCUCAAAUUCGGCGCCGAAAACUCCGAGCCCCAACCUCCACCCUCUCUACCGGAGACCGAUUGUCCCGUCCCGCCGGAACAGCAGCCAAUCAACGAGUACCAAUCCCUCUCCUCCUCUUUCCCUUUCUCCUGGGCCUCGGGAGAGCUAGUCGAGUACUCUUCAAGACUCUUCCUCACCGGAGCUUCUUUCGCGUUUUUCGUCGGGUUACCCGUUUCCUGGUUCGGAUCCGUCGGACCCGAAUACGAGCCCGUCAAGAGGAUACUCGCCGCAAGCUCUAGCGGGAUCUUCGUCGUCACGCUCGCUGUCGUUAGGAUGUAUCUCGGUUGGGCUUAUGUCGGAAACCGUCUCCUCAGCGCCACAGUCGAGUAUAUAUUUUUCGACUGUGUUCUUCAUUGUUAUCUUGUAAUGAAUCUGAUUUUUAACGUUGCAGAUGAAGAAACCGGGUGGUAUGAUGGUCAGGUAUGGGUGAAAACACCUCAAGUCUUAGCGCGUGACCGUCUUCUUGGUUCUUUCUCGGUGAAACCAGUUCUUACCAGAUUGAAAAACACGUUAGUUAUCCUCGGGUUAUCGCUCAUUCUUGUGGUAAACCUUGGUAAUUCUCCGAUCGCGUCAUCUUACAAGACGUAUAAGGAUCCUAGGGAUAGAUCCUCCAUGCCAAUCCCAGGAGCCUACAAUGAUGAAACCGCAAGAACGUUUGAACCUGAAGCUUUCUGCGGGGAACCUUCUUCAGAUGAACCGUCUUCAGAUCUUCUGUAAAAAUCUCUUAAUCUUAAAUACAAAUACAAGACUUGUCAUAGUAAAUAUAUCUUGUACAUUCUUGUAUAUUGUCUCUUGAUAAAUCAAAACUCAUUACUAGGUUUCGAAAUUAGCAAUAUCAGUUGUUAGACAAGGUCGGUUCAUUCGGAUACUCAAAAGAUGUCACAUUGAUACUUUCA